AUGGACGACGAACUGCACACGAGCUGCUACAUUUUCACGCCGACGACACAAGGGAACGAAGAGAUCGAUCCGAGUCCGCGGAAGAAGCGGAAGUUGGACAAAGCCCCCUCGAACGGUGCUCAAGAAGAGUACUCAUGGCCACGGGUGCUGGGUGGGCAAGAAUCUCGAGAGGCUGUCACAUGGCGAAAGAGUGCAUUUGAGACAAUAUGGGCCGAGCAACAGGAGAAAAUCGAUGGCAUUGUCAAUGUGGUAGACGAAGAAUUUGUUGGCCCGGUCAUAAGAUAUGGGCGCACCCAGAAGGCAGAUGACCUCCGAAACGGGAAGAGAUUGAAGACCGCGCUACUUGCCUUGGGUCCCAAUACAAAACAUCACCACGACGUCCAUGAAGCACGGAAGUGCACCGUACCAGACAAAACGCAUGGGGAACCAGAGUUACUAGUCUCUUUGCAGCCGAGUCACUGCCCAAACAUUCAGAUUGCGUUGAAGAACGUCGUCAGAUCCGCGAUAUCUGGACAAGGAGGAGUUGAAGAGUAUACAGAAUUCCUGAACGAGCACAAAGCCCUGAUCCCGCUGGCCUUCGAUCUGGAAUUGCUCCACCGAUAUGUCCAACGCCACAGCGUCGAGCGAGUGGUGAUAUCCAUCAUGGAUGUCGAAUCAUUUGACACUACUGUCUUUUGCGAACUGAUCUCGACUUUCCACUCCUGGUCAGACAGGAUCCCAAUCAUUCUUUUCAUCGGCAUAUCGACAACCGUCGAGCUCUUUGAGUCUCGGCUGUCAAGAUUGACUGUUUCACUUCUGGAUGCUCAAAUCUUUGAAACAAGCUCACACCUGAAUGUGGAAGAUCGGCUCUUUGCCCUGUACGCGACAAUACAACAUGGUCAAAAUGCAGAUGUGUUUCUUGGUCCGUCGGUCGUCCGCGUGCUGGCCACUCUGGCAGAAGACCAGGGCAGCACACCGGAAACAUUUGCCCGGGCCAUCAAGUACGCUUACAUGUCUCACUUUUUUGCAAAUCCUCUCUCAAUGCUGUGCAUCGAAUCUGGUACGCCAUCGCCGUGGCCGCCGGUACUGUGUCAAGCCACCCGCAACCUUGCCAGCUUCAGAGCAUACUGCGAAGCGCUCGGAAAGGGCGACCAGACCCAGCGGGAGAUGGUCCGACACCUGCUCACCUACGACGACGACCUUGAAAAGGCAGCUGUCCUAGCAAUCCGAUCAGGCAAAGACAUAAUGCGUUCAAGUCUCUGUGCCAUCUCCACCCUAAGAUACAUCUACCACCGGAGGCUCAAACUGAAAGCAUAUACGACGUGGGAGAGUGAAAUGCAUCUCCUGCAGUCUCUACCUGGUCUGGAUAGAUCAGAGCUCUUCGAGGCCAUUGAAGACAAACUUCAAAGCUUACCGCCUGGGACGCCAAUUACCCAAUUCCUCGGCGAGUCCGCCCCGGAACUGGAAGAUCUACAAGACUUCCAGCGGUCCUCCGCACAAGACUCAGACUCAGAGGCCCGGGCCGAUGCCGAGACGAGCCACCUUUCCGAACCAGAAAAGUUCAUCACACUCUUGCGCCGAUACCUCCAAAGCCGAACAUCAUCCCCUUCUUCAUCAUCACCUUGCGACGGCCUCAAUCCCUUCCGCGAAUUCAUGGCCGAGUCGUACACCGUGAGCCAGAAAUCCCCGCUCUCCCAGACCAUCCACCCGCGCCCUCGCCACUGCGUCGAGCGCGCCCUGGCCCGUCCAGCGGACUACCUCGGCUGCACAUGCUGCGUGUCCCAGAGCGGCGGCGAGGAUCGAGACGUGUCGGAUAAGGCGAGCCUCCCGCCCACAAGCCUCCUGCUGAACAUGCUCAAUGAAGCGGGCGUGGUGGUCAACGUACGGGAUCUGUGGGAUGCGUUUCGAGACACGCUCUUGCACGGCGCACGGUCACGGUCUGACGCCGACGCCGGCAUCGCCGAUCACGAUCGUGACGUUGACGUUGACGCCAACGACGACGAAGCGAACGAGACCGAUGACCAAGACACCAGCGGAAAAGGCGAUGCGGAGGCCGAGAAGGAGAGAGAAGCACUGUCCCUGUUCUACCGCGCCCUGGCCGAGCUGCGGUACCUAGGUCUCAUCAAGCCAAGCAAGCGCAAACCCGGGGUGGAAUGUAUCGCGAAGACGGCGUGGAUGGGCCUCUAG